GAACUUCCUCCUUAGUAUCCCAGCUUGUGUGAAAGCGAAUAAGUCACCCAGCUCUACAUUUCACCCAUCUUUUCGCUUUCAUCUAAAGGCUUCCUCCACUGGUUUUCUCAUUUGGUUUGUCUUUGGCAGAAGCCACUGGCUGGUGCUUCGGAAAUCUCCUCUCAUCUUGGUAGAGGUGGCACAUUCCAGGAAAUCGCAGCUGAGUCGGAGCGUUUUCAAGCAUGAACCGGGCAUUUAACAGAAAAAAAGAUAAAUCAUGGAUGCACACUCCAGAAGCACUGGCCAAGCAUUUUAUAGCAUACAAUGUCAAGUUUCUGGGGCACACAGAAGUUGAUCAACCCAAAGGUACAGAGGUGGUGAAAGAUGCCGUCAGAAAGCUCAAGUUUCAGAGACACAUUAAGAAGUCAGAGGGACAGAAGAUCCCAAAAGUGGAAUUACAGAUCUCCAUCUACGGAGUGAAAAUAUUAGAUUCUAAAUCCAAAGAAGUACAGUACAACUGUCAGUUGCACCGGAUAUCCUUCUGUGCGGAUGAUAAGACAGACAAAAGGAUAUUCACAUUCAUUUGUAAAGAUUCAGAAUCCAACAAACAUCUCUGCUAUGUGUUUGACAGUGAAAAAUGUGCAGAAGAGAUAACUUUGACCAUCGGCCAAGCGUUUGACUUGGCAUACAAGAAGUUUUUGGAGUCCGGGGGAAAAGACGUAGAGACAAGGAAACAGAUAGGUGGCCUACAGAAAAGAAUUCAAGAUCUUGAAGCUGAAAAUUCUGAGUUGAAGAAGCAGUUGCAAGUCUUGGAGGAACAGCUGAUGAUUGCUCAAGUUCCUCCUCUUCUUCACAUUAACUCUUCUAAUGAGGCCUAUAUGCUUCAGAGACCCUCAUCUCUCUUCUGGUGUCACAACGUGACCUCGUUCUCUUGCCUCGAAAUCUCUUCUGUUACACUAACGCCAAUGAGCUCACCUGACUCUAACCUUUCUGCUGGUCUUCUGACUCCUCCACCUGCUAAACCAGCUUUGUCAAAGCCUCCCAGUGGAGCCAGUGAUCCUCGCCCUUCUGGAAACAGCAUGUCCUCGAAGAUGCCCACUGACAUAUUUGACAUGGUUCCAUUUUCUCCAAUGACCCCAUUGGUUCCAUUACCAGCAAGUAAUGGCUCGGCCCCUCCACCACCUGCAAGGCCUUCAGAGAUUAGGAGAGACCUGUUUGGUGCAGAACCAUUUGACCCUUUUACCUGCGGGGCAGCUGACUUUCCUCCCGACAUCCAGUCCAAGCUGGAUGAGAUGCAGGAGGGGUUCAAAAUGGGACUAACAGUAGAGGGCACUGUCUUUUCCCUUGAUCCACUAGAAGGUCGCUGCUGAUGCCAAGAAGAAAGUUUGUCACUUUCAUGUUAAACCAUUUGUAUUAAAGUGCCAAACUCGGGUUUAAAGUCAAGAUGUCAAU